CCCGUGACGCCACAAUGGCUAUGGUGGCUGCACAGUGACACGUCUCCUUCCGCGGCGGCGCCCGGCAGGAGGCGGGGUGUGUGUGUGUGUGGGGAGCGCUCGUUCUCGCGGGAUCCCGAAGCGGCUGUUGCUCGGCCCCUCGCACCGGGCCGCCGGCGGGGACGGCAGCGGCGGGGGGGUGUGUGCGUGUGGGCUGCCGGCGCGGCCCGGCCCGGCGCUGAGCGGCCAUGGCGGGGCAGCAGUUCCAGUACGACGACAGCGGCAACACGUUCUUCUACUUCCUCACCAGCUUCGUGGGGCUCAUCGUCAUCCCCGCCACCUACUACCUGUGGCCGCGGGACCAGCACGCCGAGCAAAUUCGAUUAAAGAAUAUAAGAAACGUAUAUGGAAGAUGCUUGUGGUAUCGUUUGCGACUGUUAAAACCGCAACAAAACAUAAUUCCUACAGUAAAGAAAAUAGUCCUCCUUGCUGGCUGGGCAUUAUUUUUGUUUCUUGCAUACAAAGUUUCCAAAACCGACCGAGAGUAUCAAGAAUACAAUCCUUAUGAGGUUUUACAUUUGGAUCCUGGAGCAAGCGUAUCAGAAAUUAAGAAACAAUACCGUGCACUAUCGCUAAAGUACCAUCCAGAUAAAGGAGGAGAUGAAGUUAUGUUCAUGAGGAUUGCUAAGGCCUAUGCAGCCUUAACUGAUGAAGAAUCACGAAAAAAUUGGGAAGAAUUUGGUAAUCCAGAUGGACCACAAGCCACAAGCUUCGGUAUAGCUUUGCCAGCUUGGAUUGUGGAUCAGAAAAAUUCAAUUUUGGUUUUGCUUGUAUACGGAUUAGCAUUUAUGGUUAUUCUUCCAGUUGUUGUGGGUUCCUGGUGGUACCGAUCAAUACGAUACAGUGGAGAUCAGAUUCUCAUUCGAACAACUCAAAUAUAUACAUAUUUUGUCUAUAAAACACGGAACAUGGACAUGAAACGGCUUAUCAUGGUUUUAGCAGGGGCGUCUGAAUUUGAUCCUCAGUACAAUAAAGAGGCUACGAGCAGACCAGCAGACAACAUCCAGAUACCACAGUUAAUCAGAGAAAUUGGUGGCAUAAACUUAAAGAAGAACGAGCCUCCGCUCACCUGCCCUUACAGCCUGAAAGCCAGAGUUCUGCUCUUGACUCAUCUCGCCAGGAUGAAAGUUCCUGAGGUCCUUGAAGAAGAUCAGCAGUUUAUCCUGAAAAAGAGUCCUGCACUACUUCAAGAAAUGAUUAAUGUAAUCUGCCAACUAAUAAUAAUGGCUCGAAGCCGGGAAGAAAGGGAGUUCCGUGCUCCAUCUUUGGGAUCUUUGGAAAAUUGCAUGAAGCUUUCCCAGAUGACUGUCCAGGGACUUCAGCAGUUCAAGUCUCCCCUUUUGCAGCUGCCUCACAUUGAAGAGGACAACCUUAGGCGGGUCUCCAAUCAUAAAAAGUAUAAAAUCAAAAGUAUUCAGGAUCUGGUGAGUUUGAAAGGUUCUGAUCGUCGUAAUUUGCUGCAUUUCCUAGAAGAUAAGAAAUAUGAUGAAGUUAUGGCUGUCCUUGGCAGCUUUCCGUAUGUCACUAUGGAUAUAAAACCCCAGGUUUUGGAUGAUGAAGACAGCAACAAUAUUACAGUGGGUUCUCUUGUCACUGUUCUGGUCACACUAACAAGACAGACCAUGGCAGAAGUGUUUGAAAAGGAACAGUCUAUAUGUGCAGCAGAAGAGCAACCAGCAGAAGAUGGGCAAGGAGAUGUCAACAAAGUUAAGAGCAAAGGAUGGCAGCAAAAGAAUAAAGGAACCAAGAAAGCUUCAAAAUCAAAGAAAAAGAAGCCAGUGAAAAAGAAACCUGUGCCGCCUUCGUUGCAGCCACCGAAACAGCAGAAGCAAAAACAAGCUAAUGGGGAAGUAGUUGCGAAGGAAGAAGAGGAGGAGAUCUCUGAUAAAGGAAGUGAAUCUGAAGAAGAAGAAACAAACAGGGACUCUCAAAGUGAAAAAGAUGAUGGAAGUGACAGAGAGUCUGACAGAGAGCAAGAUGAGAAGCAAAACAAAGAUGAUGAAGCUGAGUGGCAAGAAUUACAGCAAAGUAUACAGAGAAAGGAACGAGCCCUUCUUGAAACGAAGUCAAAGAUAACACAUCCCGUUUACAGUCUUUUUUUCCCUGAGGAAAAACAAGAAUGGUGGUGGCUAUAUAUUGCAGAUCGGAAGGAGCAGAUGCUAAUAUGUAUGCCGUAUCACGUUUGUACACUAAAAGAUAAAGAAGAGGUAGAGCUGAAGUUCCCAGCACCAGGCAAGCCUGGAAACUAUCAGUACACGGUUUAUUUAAGAUCGGAUUCAUAUAUGGGAUUGGACCAGAUUAAACCAUUGAAGCUGGAAGUUCAUGAAGCAAAACCAGUGCCAGAAAAUCAUCCACAGUGGGAUACAGCAAUAGAAGGUGAUGAGGACCAGGAAGACAGCGAGGGCUUUGAAGACAGUUUUGAGGAGGAAGAGGAAGAGGAGGAAGAUGAUGAUUAAACAAUACUGUUGAUUGACUACAAUAUCUGCACACACUGCAAACUCUUGGUCUGACUGUGGAACUGUACAAUAACCAAGAAACACAGUACAGAAGCUUUGAGAAGGCUGAGUUUAAUUUUUCUUUACCAAUUAAGAGUGCAUUAUGUAACUUCUCAGUGGAGGUGAAACAAAUCUGUUGCCAUUGAUACACCUUGGAAUAUGCUUAUGGCUCAUUAUAGCCUUCGAGUGCAGGAUGGUGCAUUUGUUUCAAUUGAAAAUAAAAGCUUUUUUAUUAUAAAUGUCCGAAAGUGUGGGCUAUGUAUUGUCUGAUCAGUUUAGGGUCCAAUUUAAAUAAAAGGUACUAUUAGCUAGGAGCAAACUUUAAAUCAGUUUUUCUGCAUUAGGAAAUUAUUUUAGAAAACGUUUUGGUAUAUUUGACAUUACAAAUCUCUGUUGAUUGCAACAACAUCUGCUCAACUUUCAAACUUGAUUGGUUCUGUGGUAUUCAUUAAAUAUUUUGCUGUGAUACUGCUCACAUCAUUCAUAGCUUUAAAAAUCUGUUUGACUUAACUCGAUCAUUAUAAAUUGGCAUCAUACCCAUUGCCACAUUUCGUAUAUUCUGGAGGGCUGCUUUUUUAGGACUGUUGCCUUUUUACGCCCAAGGUUAUAAUGGAAAUCAUAAACUUUCGUGACUCUGCCAUAGGAUACUUAUUAAUGGCUUAAAACAUUUUUAAGCCUUUAUUUCCUCAGAUCAGCAGAAGAUCUGAGUCUUUUGAUAAACAAAAUGUCUGAAAGCAAUUUUGGGACCACGUGUUACGGAAGUUUGGUGGCUUUUGUGCAUGAAAGGUACAUGCUGGAAGCCGAAGUAUAUUCUUAACUCUGAAUCUACCUGACACUGUCGGAAGCAUUUUAAGGGUAAAAUACAACAUGCAAAGAAGCAUGUUUUGUAUCAAUUUUGAAUUCCCAUCAAUAAACUGGACAAUUUGAUGGCUGUUUGCAUUUGUAAUAGCGUGCAUCUCUGAGGUUUUUUUUUUUUUUACCUCAGUCUCCUGCAGGGCUGUGAACAAGACAGUGAUACUUCCCUUACCCCUGUUCAAAAAAAAAAAAAAAAGAAAAGAAAAACAAAAAGCAAAAAACACAAGUCUAAUUAUCUAAUUAGAGAAUAAAUUCAGGGAGGAGAGAAUCAGGGCUGUUAGAGCACUGCAUGACUUGACAAAAACCACGACUGGAUUCUUCCUUUUCUUCCUCUCAAUAAAACAAACAAAGGUGAUUAAUUGAAAGUUCUAUUUCCGUAUUUCAGAAAUAUGUAGGAGUGUUCUGCAAGUAGGAACAGAUGUAUUUCUGUUCCUAUGCAUUGAACUAUGAAAAUGCAAUGCUGUAAAACGUGACAAAAUAUCAUGCAGGAAAAUUUCCAUCCUAUGAAAAUUGCCCGAAGCCAGAGUAGUUGCACACUAAUUUGUGACCUUGUUUAUUAGAAAGGGUUGUCACUUUAAAUGCAAAUUUACAUUGUCGAUAUUCUUUGUAAUUGCAAUAGUUGCAAAUAAAAUUUGAAAAUGUUCUAAAUGA